UCAAAUCACAGGUACUGGAAGAGGACUUAAAGCAACUGUUAACAUUCAGCCAGGUGAUACAUUAUUGUGUAUACCCAGUCAACUGUUGAUUACUGCAACUUCUGUGCUACAAAGUGAGCUUGGACCAUUAAUAAGGAGACAAAGAAAUCCAAUGACAUCACACCAGAUGCUUACAGUCUACCUACUCUUUGAGGCUUGUAAAGGUGUCGGCUCAUUCUGGUUUCCAUACAUAGCUGUCCUUCCCCAAAUGUUUGGUACACCACCAUUCUUCAACGAAAGAGAGUUGCAGUUACUACCAAAAGACACAUGCACUCAUGCAAAGGCUCAGAUUGAAAAUGUUUCAUCUGCCUUUAAAGAACUGUCAGCAUUCUUUGAACUGCUAAGAGGGACGUACCCAUCAAUGAGCAGUAGACUCUCAUUUGAAAGAUUUAGAUGGGCGUGGUUUGCUGUCAACACAAGAUGUGUUUAUAUGAAGCAGGAGAACCAGCAGGGUAACUGUGCUCUAGCUCCAUACAUUGAUCUACUCAAUCACUCACCCGAAGCUGAGACAGAAGCUGGGUUUGAUUCUUCCCUGGACUGCUAUGUGGUUAAAACAGAAACAGGCUGCAAGAAAUGGCAACAAGCUUUCAUAUGCUAUGGACCACACGGGAAUGAUAAAUUGCUACUAGAGUAUGGCUUUGUUGUACCAAAAAGCCGCAACAGCUCCCUUCAGUUUGAAAUAGAUGAUGUUAUUUGUUGUAUGGAUGAUGUCUUGGAAACUGAAAGCGGCAUUCUCCUGCGUAGAAAGCAUCAGAUCCUGGAAGAAAGCAACCUUCUAUGCAACCUGUCUUGUGGAUGGGAUGGUUUAUCGUGGCAUCUUGAAAUAGCAAUUAAGAUACUGUGUAUGGAUUCCAAAGAAAUAGAAAAUUGGAAGAGGGUCUAUUCGUCAGAAAGUGUGUCUUCCAAUUGUGAAAGCAAAGUAAAACAACUGGCUACUAGGUUUCUAACAACUCGACUACAUGAGGAACAAAGAGUCAUACAGAAUAUUUUGGACACAUUUCCAACAGCUAUGGGAAAUAAGCACCUCUCAAUGAUUCAUGAUCUCCGGCAAGAGAAAAAAAAUAUGCUUGAAUUUACCUUAAAGAGACUGAUCCCGGAAGGCUUAAAGCUGACUGUAGUGAAACUCUGUUGAGCAAAGAGAAAGCAUGUGGCACUAUAUGGGAAGGAGGUACAUGUACAUCGCCACAACCACACCACACUUCUACUCACCAACAGCAUACACAUAUGUAUGGGAGCCUCUCCCGGCUGCCGUUUGUGAGAAGAAGAAGUGCACAUCUGGAGAUGAGACCUUUCAGCUCACCAAGGAACCUCCUGCACAAGUUUAAGGCAGUGAAGUGGCCUGACCAAGGAGUCAUCCAGUGGGAAAUGGUGGAGCGUCUUAACAACCUUCAAGCAACUCAACAACUUCAACUGGCUAACAAAGUCACCAAGAGAGGUGCUUCAAGCAUUCGUUGUCGGUGAUGCUGCCACACCGGACUACAAACCACUCAAAACAGCUUCUGCCUACACGUCAUGUCAGAGGACGAUACACAGCGGCAAUCAAGAAAUCUUGCAAGCCAUCCAAGGCUCCAACAACGUCUAUCGACGCACGAGUCGAAUCCUUCUGCAAGAAGAGACUCACUGACACUCCUACCUUCGAAGUGGGACGGAAACCAGCAGCAUUUUUCUUCCUGCAGUGUUUGAUCCUGAUCUAAUCUUCUCUGCAGUCCUGAAUCCUCCGAUUUCAUUAUGAUUUUGCACACCCCCUAGGGAGUUGGGGUUCAGUUGAAAACAUUUGACUGACGAUACAAAAACAGCCUCAAAGACACUAUAAAAGCCAUCGAAGAGUAAUAAUCGGCAUUGUCGACAGGUUUGAACAAGUCACCUCGUCUCGAAGCUAUGACACCCCGUCUUCGAGGAGUUUGUGACGGAUACGCUGUCUUUGGAUUCCGGCCAUGGGAAAAGAAUCAAGAAAGCCGAAAAAGCCGUGCGCUUCGAGGCACAAUCUAGGUGUCCAACACGUCAACAGUUUCGGGAAAAAAAUACCGUACCUAUUGUUUCUUCAACAAGUCCGCUGGUUUAAGUCUGUGACGACCUCUGCCGGCAUUGGCGCUUCCUCUUACAAUUCCAUACCAAGAGCAUCCACGGUCAGCAUCACCACGAUCUGGUGUGCCCAUCGGUCAUCAACUGGGCUUCGGAAGAUACGUUCACCAAGUUCUACAAAAGCAACAUUUUGCAUGGCAUCCAACUGAAGUUAUUGACGUUGGCGAACUGACGAAAUGUAUUUCAAAUUAUAUAAAGUUGCUGCAAAGCUUUGACUUCCAGCAUAGCUUCCAGUGACUCUACUUUGACACAGAACUGAAAUGGCAAAGUUUCUGCGAUGAUACUGUCUUUUACGAUGAGGUUGUGGCAUCUUCGUAGUGGUUUCUCACAUUCGCUAUAACGCCCAUGUUAGCUGUCAGUGCCAGUAGCAGCCUCAGUGGCAACUUUGAAGUACUGUGCAUCGUCUUUUUAUUCGUGAAGAGUCGCUGGGAGACACAUUGGCGUGUGCAUCGGAACGGGGACCUGAACAGUGAUGUUUAUAUCCAAUAUCUGUAUAUUAUGGAAUUAUGUACCGUACUCAAAUUAACAUUACAAAUUACUUAAUGAUGCUUGCACAAGUUCUACUUUGCACCGUACAGCUAUAAAGGCCUUCAGAUAGCUUCCGGGCCUGAAUUUUAUGGUUGGGCUUGGAUAACCCUGUUUUCAUUCAAUAGGAUAUCCGUUUUCAGUCAAUGUACAUUAAACCAUGCAGACUUUGUUGGCAGCAAAAAAAAUCCAGCUGCACUAAGAGACUGAACUCUGAAAAUGUUGGGAAUUAUUUGGUCGAGAAUUAUUCAAUCUAAGUUAUCCUUUUUCUGGAAUCAUAAACAUCUUAAAAACUUUACAUUACUUAAUUAAUGUGCACAAGCACAAGCAUGCCCUCUUUUCCAACAAUUUUUAUUUUUUUAAAAUUCUUGUUAUUAUUUGUGUGAAUGGUAAACCCAUUCCAGUUUUAUAGUAAGCUUGAUGUUAUUUGAUUGCUUUUUUGUACAACUUAUGUAACUGAUUGAAGUUCACAUUCUCAAUUGUCCCCUAAAAAAUGCUGAAUCCAUCUUUGAAUUAUUUAUUAAAUGCCUGACUUAUUUGGCUAACAAA